AUGGCCAUGACGUUUUGCAACAAUUACAAUACUACUGAUGUGAUAAGCGAUAACAACAAUAGCGAUAGUAAUAAUAACAAUGGCAAUACUAUCCAAGCAGUGAUCUCUCGUGGUGUCGAGACUGUUCGACCGUCAUCGUGCGCUAAUGUUAGCGUUAUGAUUGAAGGUGAUCUCAGAUGGAAAACAAUCAUAGUUCCUGGUGGUUCCACAAAUUCUGCUGCUACAUUGCCACGACCAAAGCGGGAUUUUCGUUUCAAGCGUAUAGAAGUGAAAGAAAGUCCAAAAUGGUUUGUUUGGCCGAAGCGUAGCAAGCGUAAUAAUCGGGUUAAGAAGGAAGAAACGGUUAAUGAUACUGAAGCAUCAGCAAUUUCUUCUAGUUGCAAUUGUAACUCAUCUUUUGAUAAGCGAACAUCUGAAGCAGCUAAAAUUCCUCAGCAACCCUCAGUUUCUUCUCUAACUGAUGGAAAUACAAAAUUUACGAUGACAAAUAGUAAUCGGAAUGUUAGUACUACUACACAAACCGUACCAUCUCAUACCAAAGUAUUGCAGCUUGUCGAUGCUGCCACUAAUACUCUUUCCUUAACAAAUGACGAUUUUGGACCGCUUCAUACUGAAAAAUUGAUCUCUUCACACUCUGACAUCAAAGAUAAGCAAAAGCAGGGAACAGAUCAUUCCACGUUAAUAAGCAGCACAUUGAUUAACACGGAAGUAAGUUCUUUAUCAGGUUCUGAGACGAAGUCCUGUGCAGUGCAGUUCCAAGCUGCAAUAUCUAUUGGUGAUGAAGGUAGAAGUAAGAUUUCUGAUUCUACUCCAGCUACUUCCCAAACUUUCAAAAUUCUAUCAAUAUCAAAAAAGUCGAUGGAAAGUGGGGAUGAUGAUGAUUUAGAGCUGAUGAAUUAUGUGAUGCUAAACUGUAGACAGUCGCAAUCUCAGCCGAUUGUUCUCUUGACUCCAUCAUCAUCAGCUAAACCAACGGAAGUGAACAGCAAUACAGUAAAGGAAGUUCAUUAG